AUGCCGCUACAUCUCUCUUGUUUGCCGCUGAUACGUACCACAGGAGAAGGCACUUACGCCACAGUAUACAAGGGUCGAUCGAGAACCACCAAUGAGAUUGUAGCACUCAAGGAAAUCCACCUCGAUGCUGAAGAAGGAACCCCAUCGACCGCCAUCCGAGAAAUCUCGCUCAUGAAGGAGCUCAAGCAUGUCAACAUCGUCCGCCUCCAUGAUGUUAUCCACACUGAGACGAAACUCGUUCUCAUUUUCGAGUACUGCGAACAGGACCUGAAGAAGUACAUGGACAAGAAUGGCGAUCGGGGCGCGCUUGAUCCAAAUACCGUGCGGAGUUUCAUGUACCAGCUUUUGAAGGGGACCGCGUUUUGUCACGAGAACCAGGUCCUUCAUCGUGAUCUUAAGCCGCAAAAUCUCUUGAUCAAUCGAAAAGGGGAGCUGAAGCUUGGUGAUUUUGGAUUGGCGCGGGCGUUUGGUGUUCCAGUUAAUACGUUUUCAAACGAAGUUGUCACCCUCUGGUACAGAGCUCCUGAUGUACUCCUCGGCUCACGGACAUACAGCACAUCCAUCGAUGUGUGGUCUUGCGGCUGCAUCUUUGCCGAAAUGAUAUCUGGUGUUCCUUUGUUUCGAGGUAGAGACAAUCAGGACCAACUUUUGCAUAUCAUACGGGUUAUUGGCACCCCGUCAGAACAGCAGAUUAAGACCAUAUUCAAAGACGCACCCGAUAUUGCCAACAAACAAUUUCCUCGGUAUCCGAAGAUGAAUUUACAGCAGGUCAUUCCCAAAGCAUCGCCUCAUGCCCUCGACCUUCUCGAGCGCCUCUUGAAGUUCGACCCGUCUGAACGCAUAUCAGCAGCCGAGGCGCUUUCCCACCCUUACUUCACUUCCACAGCAACGGCUUCUCCUUUCCCUAUGGGUGCUCCUCCCGGCUCUAUGCCACCCCCCUCAUUCAACUUCCCUCAUCCUCACGGCCUUGCGCCUCCCCAGCACCAACAACAGCAGAUGCAACAACAGAUCACUGCUCAGGCGUACCAGAGGCAGGCGCAGAACAUCCCCAUCUUUGGUCAGCACAGUGCUACAGCAAUACCCGUCCAUGCACAACAACAAGCACCGCAUGUACAGAACCAAGUAACCUUGACACAAGGCGGGUUUGGUGCAAUGCAAUAUCCCGCCCAGUAUGGUCACGGGCGGUAA